CCCACCAUGUCAGGUUUUCACUAUCAUCCUCUCGCCCAAAACAAAAAGCAGAUACGUCUCUUGACGGUGAAGCCGGCCCUACUAGGCUCAGACGUCGAAUGCGAUCUGCAGGCCGUGGAUUUAGACGAGUCAAUUUCCUACGACGCCUUGUCGUACGUUUGGGGCGACAACACUCCUCCAGGAAGAAUUCUCCUCCAGGGUACUGAGCACAGAGUCACACCAAAUCUUGAGUCAGCUUUACGGCAUCUGAGAUACGAAAAUCGUCCUCGACUACUCUGGGUAGACGCCGUCUGCAUUAACCAGAAUGACAUUGCGGAGCGAACCGCUCAGGUGCAGAUGAUGGCCAAUAUCUACUCUAAGGCUAAGACGACUGUAUCAUGGCUUGGAGAGGCAGCCAACGAGAGUGAUGGUGCGGUGGAGCUCAUCCGUAAACUCGGGGACUGGGUACGAGAACAUGAAGGCGAGAUACUCGAGGGUGAGGGCGAGGAACCACCAAGCGAUGGGUCUAUCCAAACCGCUGCAGACUUCAUUGAAUGGCUUGGAUUUCCGCUACGUAGCCAGAACUGGCCAGCCCUGUGGCGCUUUCUCGAACGGCCCUAUUGGACCAGAGUCUGGAUAAUACAAGAACUUGCGGUUCGAGGACGAUUUACCAAGGCAUCUGGCAUAUUCUACUGUGGAACGACGCGGUUUGAGAGGACCCAGUUCGACCACUUUUGUGGCUUGAUUUUGUUCAUGAUCACCAACACAUCGGGCAAGACUUUUCGGACCGACACUCACGAGCUGGACGAGCCACUUAGGUCUAUGCUCACUAACGGGCACCCACCGGGGCUUACUAUGUCUCAGACGCUGGCUGCCUGCACUGGCGGGGAGAAUCGAAAUACAGACUGGCUGUUGCGCGUCACUGCAAGAUUCAAGGCAACCGACCCGCGAGACAAGCUUUAUGCGUUGCUUGGUAUGGCCCAGGACGGCAACAUCCUUAAGCCGGAUUAUUCUACGAGCUACGAGCAAGUGCUUAUGAGUUUCGUGUCAUCGCAUAUUGAGAGAUAUAAAUCCUUGAGGGUGCUGUUGGGCAAUCGGUGUAGAGAAAUGCCGACCAAUCCUUCUUGGGUUCCGGACUUACUUGACGUCGAUUUUCACGGCGGCCAAGGGUUGAUACCGGCCAUGGAAAACGAUUACUUCCAAGCAGCAGGCACUAGAGCCGCAGUCGUAUCAAUUAAUGCCACGCUCAACUCCUUGUCGUCGCUCGGUGUAUUUGUUGGAGAAAUCGACAAGGUGAUUGGUCCUUUGAUGGUAGCAGAGAAGCAAUUUGAUCCGGCGUCUCAGAACAUCCAGAGCAUAUCCACGUCACUUGGCCAGGACAAGUUUUUCGAAGCUCUCAGGGAUCUUUACAAAGGCCUGCCUGAGUCUGACAGGGAAACGUUUUGGCGGACCUUGUGUUUGAACGGCGACUGGACUGGGGAAGACACGAUUUUCCCUGCCCCAGCCGACUUCGCAUUGAAGCAACAGGUGGCAUUUGGGUUCAAGUCUAUACCAGUGGAUUUCAUGGCGGGAGAGCCCGAAGGUACAAGAUAUACCGCAUUUGUGGGGCCAUUCAUUGCAAGCUUGCAGACGGCCAUGUCAAACCGCACCUUCAUUACAACACAAGAUGGUAGGAUGGGGGUCGGACCCUUUUUGACACGGGCAGGAGAUGUUAUUGUCGUCAUGUUUGGAGCUCCCUUCUGCUUGAUUCUGCGUCCUGUGGGCCAUCAGUAUCAAUUGGUGGGCGAUGCAUAUGUCCACGGCAUCAUGCAUGGAGAACUUGUCGAGGGCCUCGAGCAGGACAACGGCCAGAUGUUUGAGAUCAUAUGAAUUCUUAGCUUCCGCGUUAUUAGUACUCAGAAAUGUG